AUGGCCUGUUUCCGUGGUAACCAGGAAUUUUAUGGAGAAGUCCUCCUAUUGGAUGAUACAAAGAUCACACUGAUGACAGAACAAGGCAUAAAGAGAUCCUCGAAGGCGGCGGCCAUCUUGCAGCACGUGUUUUCUCACCUGAACGUCGUGGAAGUGGAAUUCUUCGGUUUGAGAUUCUGUGACGACAAAACACAGACGCGCUGGUUGGAUCCCUUGAAAACUCUCUCACGACAUCGAGGCCUCAUGGGGCCACCGUACAUUUUUUAUUUUGGUGUCAAGUUUUACGCUGAAAAUCCGUCAAAGCUCAAAGAGGAAACGAGGCGUCAGUUUUACCUGCAGCUUCGUCAGGACAUCUGUCGAGGUCGUCUUCUGUGCCCCGCCCACCUCAGACCCCGGCUCUCUGCUCUGAUGCUGCAGGCUGAUCGAGGUGAUGUCACUGAGGAAGAGGAGUUAGGUGAAAACCAGGAAGUGCAAAGAAUCUACAAGUCACUCAGCGGUGUCUCUCGUCCUCAGGCUCAGAAUCUGUUCCUGUCUCUCUGCAGCUCUCUGACGAUGUACGGUGUCUCUCUGUUCAAUGCCUAUGGCGAGAACCAGUCGGAGUACUUCCUGGGUCCAACUCCGGUGGGCGUGGUCAUCUAUAAGAAUAAAGUGCUAGUGGGAAAAUAUUUCUGGCAGCGAAUCAACAAACUUCACUUCAAAAAUAAAACGUUUGAGCUACGAGUCGUUGGAAAAAACGGUUCAGAGACGUCGUUCUUCUUUCAUACAUCAGAUGAAUCCGACUGUAAACGUUUGUGGAGAUGUUGUGUUGAGCAUCAUGUUUUCUUCAGGAUGUCGGAGUCAAAUCGUUCGACACACAAACUGAGACACAAGAGCAUUGCUUGUUCGCCCACUCUGGCUUCUCCCCGGCUGAACGUCGGCGAGCUGACAAACAAAAGUGUCCGCGACCAAACAACAACUAAAGAUCUCUGUUUGAGGCUCCACCCCAAUCACACACAAGAGAGUAAGAGCAGCGAUCCAGUGAUGACACAGACGGCACCACCUGCUGUUCACAGCCGGAGUCAGACCGAGGCCAUCUCCAACGCACCUUGUAUCCACAGGUCAGAGGGCGGAGCAAAGGAGGAUGUUGCUAAACCCUUUGCACCCUGGGAAAACAGCGGCCCUGUGAGGUAA